GCAGGGGCGGACUGACCAUUGGGGAACUCAGGCACUGCCCGAGGGCCCGUGGUCAGUAGGGGGCCCCAUGAGAUGUCCCUGGUACCUUUCAUAUGCUUUUUUGGUUUGGGCAAGGACACAGGGGCCCCAUGAUCCUCUAUUGCCCAGGGGCCCCAUGAGCUGUCAGUUCGCGCCCCUGAUGUGUAGGUCAAACGUCAAGGUGAACAGGGAGUGGGGCUACAAUUCAAGCAUGAUUUUGGAAAUUUUUGGAUGAUGGCACAACAUUAGAACUUUAUAUAUGUUGGAUUGGACGGCUAUUUUGAGUUUGUGCAAGGACACAGGGGCCCCAUGAUCCCCUAUUGCCCAGGGGCCCCAU